GCCACCCAAGACGAGGAGUACGCCGCUUUUAAGGAAGCCAUCGCUGGACUUGGCACUGCUGAGAGCCCUUCGGCGAAUAACAACGAGAGAUCAUCAAAGGGAGACGAAGAAACCGAUGACCAAAACGAAGCAAAACACAGUGAAGAGGAGGAGGAGUCUGACAGAGAGGAGGAGGAAGAGGAAUUGAGUGGGAUGAAGGUUAAAGCGCCCUACUACAGUUCGUGGGGGACGCUGGAGUACCAUAAUGCCAUGAUUGUGGGCACCGAGGACCUCGCAGACGGCAGCGCAGGCGUCAGGGUGCUGUACCUGUAUCCCACCCACAAGGCUCUGAAGCCGUGCCCGUUCUUCCUGGACGACAAGUGCAGAUUUAAAGAGAACUGUCGGUUUUCACACGGGCAGGUGGUGUCUGUGGAAGAGCUUCAGCCUUUCCAAGAGCCUGACCUGGGCACGCUGGGGGUGGGCUCUGCCUGCCUGGCGAAGCACAGCGAUGGCAUCUGGUACACGGCGAAGAUCACCGACAUGGACAGUGGUUACUACACGGUGAAGUUUGAUUCCUUGCUGCUCAAGGAGGCCGUCGUGGAAGGAGACAGUGUCAUUCCCCCUCUGCGCAGCGAGGAUGUGGCCUCGUCUGCCGAGUCUGAUGAAGACAGCGUGGAUGAUUCUGGUUAUGCUAAAGUGGUAGAUUCAGGAGUUCCGGAGAACGGGGAGUGGACUCCUGCGUGCAGUUCCUCUUUCGGCGGCUGGGAAGCCCAUACUCGUGGUAUCGGCUCCAAGCUGCUCGUUCAAAUGGGAUACGAGUUUGGAAAAGGGUUAGGGAAGAAUUGCGAGGGCCGGGUGGAGCCGGUGCAGGCUGUGGUCCUUCCUCGAGGGAAGUCCCUUGACCAGUGUGCUGAGGUGCUUCAGAAGAAGAAACAGGGGAAGCUGGACGCAGGCAAGUCGAGGAAAUGCCGAGCAAAGGGGAGCAGCUCCGGACAGUCUCUGGUGGGCCGCCGUAAGCCUCCCCACAACGUGUUUGACUUUUUGAAUGAGAAACUGCGAGGGAAGAGCACCGGGGAGAAGGCUGGAGGGAUGGCAGUGCCCCAGAGGAAGAGCAAAGAGAUCUACCACGCUAGCAAGAGCACCAGGAAGGCCCUGAGUGUCCGCCUUUUGCAGACAACAGAGCAGAUUGAACAAACGCAGAGGGAUAUCAGAGGAAUCCAGCAAGCCUUGGCACGCAACAUUGGACGGCACAGCGUUGCUACAGCUCAGCUGGAGAAGAAGCUGGCGAAUGCCCACAAACAGCUGGGGCAGCUGCAGGCCCAGGAGGCCAGCCUGCAGCGGGAGCAGAAGAAAGCAGACACGCACAAGAAGAUGACGGAGUUCUAG